CGCGCGUUAGUGACGGACUGCCGCUGUAAGCCAACGGGGGCGGCGCCCGAAGCCGUCCGCUUCUCCAACGGGGCGCCCCUUCGCCGUUCCGACGCCCGUCUCCCUCACCGGGAGCGCCCGCGGGCGGAGGGCUGCUCUUCUUGCCCACAGGACGCACUCGGCCGCCCGGAAUCGGGGCGCUGCAGGAGAGGAGCCGCGCCGAGCCCGUCUCUCCCGGCGGGCGCCCGAGAAGCCGCCGCUCGGGGGAUGAGCCGGGCCGCCCCGCCGCACUCCCCGGGCGCUCGGUCGGCGGCGAAGGGCGCCCUCGAGGCCUCUAGCGGGGCCCGCCCGCAUCCUCCGCUCGGCGCCUGGAUCGUCCCCGGAGCGCCUCGCCCGGAGCUCCCGCUUUGCCCAGGAAGACCCGAAGCGGCCGCUGCCCCGCCGGAGCCCGGAGCAUGGCCGAGUCCCGGGUGAAAAGGCUGGCCAUGACCCUGAUGGACGCCACGGCCGACAAGGACCCUGUCGUCCAGGAGCAGAUCUUCAGUGCCCUCUGCUCUUUGGGCAGGGCUGAGCCCGAGGAGGUCUUGAACGCUUGCGAGGAGUACCUGCGGCAGCACGAGAAGCUGGCCCACCCAUUCCGGGUCAUCCUCCUGAGGGCCAUGGAAGCCGUGGUGAAGAGCAGCCUGGCUCAGCUGGACAAAAGCACGGCCAAGAUCGUCAUCUUCCUGGCGUCCAACGAGAUGACCAAGUCUAAAGAGGCUCUUCUGGAGUGGCAGCAGGCUGCCAGCAACGUCCUGGUCGCAGUGGGGAGGCGCUUCAUCAACCAGGUGAUGGAGGAGGUGCUGACCAAGUUCCAGCCGGGGGUCCUGCCUCACCCCUUCAUCGUACUGACCUUCGCCAACCUCUCGGUGGCCAAUGUAUUUGGGAUGGUCCCCUUCCUCAACUCCAUCCUGGGGACGAUGCUGCCUCUGCUGCCCCUGGCCAAGCAGGACAACACGAAGUCCGUCUUCUGCUACGCCUUGCAGUACUUCAGCGAGAGCAUCCUGGAGUACCUGGCCAACCUGGACAAGGCGCCAGACCCAACUGUGAGGCGAGACACCUUCUCCAGUGAAAUCUUCAGCGCCUACGAAGUCCUCUUCAGCUGCUGGCUGCCCAGCCGGGAGACCAAGGUGCGGCUGGCCGUGGUGGAGGCCCUGGGGCCCAUGAGCCACCUGAUGCCCAGCGAGAAGCUGGAGGAGCUGCUCCCUCGCCUGAUCCCCGGCAUCCUGGCCCUGUACAGGAAGCCGGCGGAGGCCUACUACGUCUCCAAGCCCCUUGAACAGAGCCUGUGCCAGAUCCUGGAAGCCUCGGUCAAUAUUGGGAGCCGGACGCUGGACACACAGGUGGACGUCCUCCUUGGGACCCUCCACCUCCAGCUCUGCGCCCCUCUGGACUCUUCCCUGCCCUUCUCUCUGAAGAACCACAACGAGCUCCUUCGCUGCUUCACCGUCUUAGCCACUUCAUUCCCUGACCGCUUGCUGGGAUUUCUGCUUCCCAAGCUGGAGUCCAGCAACGAGAAGACGCGGGUGGGGACGCUGACCAUCCUGCGGCAGAUCAUCAACAGCGCCCCCGCUCAGAUGGAGAUCAAGAAGCCGUUUCUCCUGUCCUCCAUGAAGCUCCCCCUGCAGGACCACAGCAACAAGGUGAAGCGGGCCAUGGUGCAGAUGGUCAGUGCCAUGGCCCACCACGGUUACCUGGAGCAGCCGGGCGGAGAAGCCCUGAUUGAGUUCCUGGUCCGCCAGUGUGCCCUUCCUGCUGACCAGGUCACCCCGCAGCCCCCCCAGGACCCAGAGGAGGUGACGGACGGCCAGGUCCGGAGCAUCAGCAUCAGCACCCUCUUCUUGCUCAGCAGCACCGUGGACAGGAUGGUUGACGUGCUCUGGCCGUCCCUUCUGGGCUUUGUGACCCCCGUGCCCUUGACCAACGCCUUGGCCCCCCUCUGCAAGAGCCUCCUGGCCCUGGCUGCCCAAAAGCAGGAGCAGGGAGACUCGGACCUGCAGCUCCUCUACGACCCGGGGGGAAACCUCCCGUCUCCUCACGCUUUGAUGUCCCGGCUGCUGAUCGUGGCUUCUCAGCCGUACCUGGGGGAGGGCCGGGGGGCGGGGGCCCUGCGACUGCUGCUGGUCUUGCGACUGAGCGUCCACCCCGCGGCCGAGCCCCUCUGGAGCUCCAAGGUCCCUGCUCUGCUGCAGCACCUGGAAGCAAACACGGAGGCGUCCCUGUGCCUGAAGGACUGGCAGGGCCAGCUGCUGCAGCUCCUCCAGGAGACCCUGGACGCCAUUUCGGACGUGCCCUGGAUCUCCCAGCUGGUCUUGGAAAUGUGCAGGCAGCUGAGUAGCUACAACGGACAGGCUGCAGAGAAGGCCUUCCUCCACAGAGCCCUCGGGGUGGGCCUGGCUGCUUGUGCCGACAAGGACCUGGUGCGAAAACAGCUUCAGGAGCUGCUGGAGACGGCCCGAUACCAAGAGGAGGCGGAACGAGAGAGCCUGGCCGUCUGCCUGGGCCUUUGUGCCGUCACUCACCUGGACGAGGUUCUGGCCAAGCUGGAGGAUUUCGUCAAGUCGGACGUCUUCAAGAAGUCUGCUGGCCUCUUCAGCCUCUUCAAGGACCGCAGCGACCACGAGGCGGAGAAGGUGAAGAGCGCCCUCAUCCUGUGCUACGGCCAGGUGGCCAAGCACGCCCCCCGGGAGCUGGUCCUGUCCCGCAUUGACGCCGACAUCCUGCGCAACGUCUUCCUCUACUUCAACACCAAGGUUCUGGGCAUAAAGGUAGAGACCAAGGAUACGACCCUGAAGCUCUGCCUCAUCCGCAGCGUCUGCCUGAUCAGCCAGGCCGUCUGCCACAGUGCCCAGUCCGGGGACUUCAGCUUCUCCCGCAAGGCCGAGGUGGUCGCCCAGAUGCUGGACUUCAUCAAAGCAGAGACCCCCGACGCCCUGCGGACGCCCAUCCGCCAGAGAGCCAUGACCGCCUGCAUGUACCUGAUCGUCCUGGAGCCCCCCCUGAGCGAGGCCGAGAAGGUGGAGCUGGUGGAGACGUGUCUUCACAGCAUCUUCCCUCUUCCGCCGUCGGAUGUGACCAAGGAAGGAGACGGGGCCGAGGGGGAGGCCGGGCCCAGAGAGCCCCUCUGGUGCGCCACCCUGGCGGCCCUCAAGGACCUGCUCAAGAGCCUCCUGCACCGCCACAUGACGCCCCACGGCCUCCAGACCAUGUUCGAGCACCUGGGCCCCUGGAUCAAGUCUGCCAAGGAGCACGAGCGGGAACGAGCCGUGGAAGUGAGCGCCGCCCUCCUGCUCUUCUACCGGGAGAAGCUGAACGUCAGCAAGGUGGUCCCCUUCUACAACCUGGGGCUGCUGAUGGCGCUCUUCUCCCCCCGCUGCACGGACUCCCUGCCCAGCGUCCGCCAGCAUGCGGUGGAUUGCGUCCAUUCUCUACUCUACGUACAGCUGUGCUAUGAAGGCUUUUCCCAGGAUCACAGGGACGAAUCUGUGGAGCAGCUGAAAGCUCUGAAGCCUGGCCUGAAGGAUCCAGAUGUGACCGUCCUCUUCCAGACGUGCUGCAACAUCGCCAGGGUCAUCGCGAUGCACUUGCCCCCCGACCAGCUGCUGAGCCUGCUACUCUCCAUGCUGGAGGGCUUGGCGGACCCCGACCGGAACUGCUCCCGAGCCGCUGCAGUCAUGAUCAACUCCGUCCUGAAGGAGCGAGGGGUGGUCCUGCUGGAGAAGGUCUCGGAGCUGCUGGAAAUGGUCCACCUCAAGCUGCAGGAGGUGCCGGAGGAGACGAUCCAAAAAGCUGCCCAGCAGACGGUCUGCAUUCUGGCCUCCCAGCACAAGGCCGCGGUGGUGUCCAGCCUCCUCGGUCACCCCCUCCCCCUGGACAGCUGCAGCUGCACCAUGUGGAGGGCGCUGGCGCUGGAGCCCACCCUGACCGCCCAGGUCCUGGAGCUGCUGCUGGACAAAGUCAACCGGGAUGUCCCGUACAAAGAGAACAAGUCCUUCCUGCGAGGGAGCCGCUCGGAGCGCGUGGCCACCUUCUAUCCCCUCUCGGCCACGUGUGCGCUGCAUGAGAUCAUGUCUGUCCGGGAGUCUGGACCAGCCGUGGGGGGGCUCUACGCAGAGCUCUUCGUCUCCCUCCUGCUCCGGGUCAGCUGCACGGUGGGGGUCCGGCUGCCGAAGCACCUGCAGUCCAAGGAGCGGAAGGGCAUCGGCCGGGGGCAGAGCCUGCGCUCACUCGACCCUUGCAGCUCUGCAAUCGAGACCCUCAAGGCCAUGCUGACCCAGGGCGGCAGCGAGUCAGUGAGCAACGCUGUGACGGAGGCCGGUGGCUGGGAACUGCUGCGGAGUCCGGACACGCACUACGACGGCGUGGCCUUUCUGGCAAGGGCCAUGGCGAAGCAGGCGGGGCCCAGGCUCCCUCCGAUUGUGAAGCUGCUUUUACCGAUGCUGAACAGCAUCUACGACAGCCAACGGCUCACCACCACCGCCUUCUUUGCCGAGCUCCUCAGCAGCAACGUGGUAAACGAUCUGGUUCUUCUGGAGACUCUGAUGGACAGCAUGACGGCCCGGCAAAGAGACUCCUUGGCGGUGGUGCGAAUGCUGGCCCUUCGUGGAUUGGGCAAUGUUGCUUUGGGCUCCCCGGAGAAGACGAGGAAGAAUGGAGCCCAACUGCUGGCUUCCAUGAUCAACAGCUUGGACGACAAGGAUGAUCCCAACAACCUGGUUGCCUUGGAAGCCAUGUCCAGCCUCUCCAAGAUCCUGGCCUUCACUGAAGAGAGCGAUGUCCACUCCGUGCUGCUGCACGUCACCAUGCGAAUCCGGCCCUUCUUUGACAGCGAGGAACCCAACCUCCGCAGGACCUCCAUCUUCCUCUUUGGGAACCUGGCCAGGUUCACCUCAGGGAGCGGUGAAGAUGCCUGUUUUGAGCAGAUCCUCUAUGGCCUGGUGACCCUGCUGCUACAUCUCCAAGACCCAAAGCCGGAGGUCGUCAAGGCCUGCAAAUUUGCGUUGCGCAUGUGUGGACCCAUCAUGAGCUGCCCUGGGCUUUGUGAGAUGUUUCAGAAGCACCUGCACGAGGAGUGGAGCCUCCACUAUGGCGAGUUCAUGAAUGACGCCUGCAAACACCUGAUGCAGAGCAUCCCGGAAAUGCUGAGUCGUUUGGUCAACAUCAACCUCUUCUACUUCAAGAGCAACUGGGCCGAUAUCCGAGCUGCUGCCCCCAUGUUUGUAGGCUUCCUCAUCCUGCACGUGGACCGAGAGCAGAGCCAGCAGCUGGAUCUGGACGAAUUGAUUGCUGCUCUGACCGUGCUGCUGAAGGACCCCGUGUCGACGGUGCGGGCGAAGGCGGUGGAGACCCUGGGCCGCCUGGGCAGGGCCAUUUAAGGACUCCUGGCCACGGAUGCCACCGGAGGAAGUAGGAUUCCCCCCCUCCCAGCUCCAGGUUGCCCUCACCCCUCCCGAGAGGCGAGUCACACGUCUUCCAGAGCAACACAACCUUCGCAUACUGGAACAUUCCCCGCCCUCAACAUCUUAAAGAGAAGACCUGAACUCUCUGCACCUUUUUGUUUCCAUGUCUUUUUGAAUUUCUGCAGGGGACCGCCCCGUCCCCCCACCCCUGCACUUGGGUAGGCUGGACCAGACAUGGGGCACAGAAUAGUCUCAGGGCUGUUGCACAGGGGCAGAGGACCAGCGUGGCCCCUCCCCUCCCUGCCCCAGAGGAGCAGGUGCCUCCUGACUCUGCUUUUGGCUAGGCGGCUGUGCCAUGCUGGCACCCCUCCCUCCAGCCCCAGCAUGGGGGGGGGGGAGAGCGCCCUGCUGCACCUUCCAAAGUUUAUGCGCAUUCCUCUCAGCAAGAGUUUGUAUAUAGACUCAGACAACUUAUUUUUAAUAAACUAUUUGCUUCUCAGAACCA